UUCAAAACUCGACCACCUCUCUCCGUCGCUGGACGUGUGUCGAAUUCGCUCGCGAAAUCAACUUCGAUUUUCUGGUUUUGGGGUUUUUAUUGCUAAGUUUUUCAAAGUGGUGGAUUAAAACUAACGAUCGAGGGGAUGUGUCGCGCGCUUUGAGUGGUGAUGUUUCACCCACCCGGUAGUGCCCCAUUUCCUCCUUGCGAAAGUGUGAAAAGUUGUGACUAAUUGCUGCUGGAAGUGGCGAAGCAGAUUCUUUUGUGUGUUCCCAUUGCGUGGCAGUGAUUUUCUUUUUUUUGCUUGGCCCUAAUUUUGUUUGUGGUGUGUUAUCAGUGAAAAAGGCCACCCCAGGAAUCGAUGACCCGGCGGAAUAAUGGUGUCUAUUAUUAAAAAUCAAUUGCUGAAGCAUCUUUCACGGUACACCAAGAAUUUAUCGCCGGACAAGGUGAACCUGAGUGCGUUCCGCGGCGAGGGCGAACUCUCGAACCUGCAGCUGGACGAGAAUGUGCUCACCGAUCUGCUCGAGCUGCCCUCGUGGCUGCGGCUCACGUCGGCUUGGUGCAAUCACGUGUCGUUCCGAAUAUCCUGGACCAAGCUGAAAAGCACCCCCAUUACGCUGACACUCGACGAGGUCAACAUUACGAUCGAAACAUGUGAAAUAGCACGGAGUGGGACACCGACGGCGGCCGGGGCCGGCCUCUCGAGUUUGGCGGCACCCCAGGGCAAGUACAGCUUCAUCCACAAGGUGAUCGACGGCAUCACGAUCGUGGUGAACACGGUCAACGUGAACCUCAAAAGUCCGGCCUUCACGGCGUCGGUGCAAAUGUCCCGCAUCCGGGUCGAAUCACGCACACCAAAGUGGCUGCUGGGAGAUUUGCGAGUUACGAGGCUGAAAGAUCCGGCCCGGGGGCUGAUACUGAUUUUCAAGGAGUUGUCCUGGCAGACGGUGCGGAUUGAGGCUAGCUCAACGCAGGACCAGAGUUUGACGCCGUUGCGAUUGCUGACGAAUCAGGCGCGGUGUAGGAUAACGAUUAAGAAGAAGUUGUCCGAUUGUAGCAUAGUGGCGAGUAGGUUGGUGCUGAUCUUGGAUGAUUUGCUGUGGGUGCUGACGGAUUCGCAGCUGAAGGCAGCUCUUCACUUUGUGGACUCGCUGUCCGGGUUGAUAAAGGCUUCAAACAGUGUGGUUCAGCGGGUGAAAGCACAGCGGAAGCUGGAAACUCUGCCUGAGUACCAGGCCCAGUUAGCGCAAUCGUCGAAGGUGCCGGAUUUGCAACAGUUGACAGCUGCUCAAAAGUACUUUAAUAUCUACGACGUGCGCGAAACGUCGUACCACUUCUUCAGCCAGCGGAUCGAUCUGCAUCUGUGCGACGACGCCGGAGUGGGCCGAUCAAGCCAUCCGAACCUGAAGGACGGCGGAGCGUUGCAGAUUUCCGUGCAGGGAUUCCAGGUCGACUACUAUCCGUACCAUCUGGCGAAGGCCGAUCGCUCACAUUGGCCAAAAUACAAAGAAGCAACCGUUCCGCCGGCCUUGUGGCUCGAGCAAUCCUUAAAUGCCUUCCGAGAAUCGAUACUCAAUCUGACCCAGCCAAACCGGCCACCAAGCCAUCCCAGUUUAGAAAGGACAACGAACCUCGGUCAGCAGCAGACCACAACCCUGAAGACGCCCAGCGCCAGUGCCAGCGCGAGCGGGUCGCAAAGCACCUCCACCAACACCGCCGUGAACACGCCAAACACGCCCGGUUCCCUCUCGGCGGCGGCCUCCCCCAUCAAGAAGCACGUCAUGGACAAUCUCUCCAAGCUGAUGUGCAGCUGCGUGAUUAUGAAGGUGGAGGAGUUUACGCUGUACCGGGUGACCACCUCGGGAAACAAGCAAAUGCCAAAGGAGUUCAUUGCUGGUGAUCGAGACCGGUACUCGCUGCCACCGGAUAUGCCAACGCUGCACGCCGAGUUCACCUACUUCUACUACCCGGGGGAUUUCGUGUUUCCACUGCCACCUUCGAAGGCGUUUGUCCACGUGAACCCGGUGCAGAUCAACUUCGACCUGGACAGCUGUCUGUGGUUCAGCUCGUUUGCGUUGAACCUGCACGAGAGUUUGCUGCGGACGAAUAACGUCGCGAGUAGUUUGAGCAGUCCCAGCACGCCGUCUACGGCGGGGGGCAGUGGCGGGGUUGAACAGCCGCCAAAUUUGAUGUACAUGGACGUGAAGGUCGAGGUGAUAAUGCCGCGGGUGGUGUUUGAGGCUUCGACUGGGGCGCCAAUGCAGCGGGAUCGGCCCAAGUCGAUGCACGUGCAGGUUUCGCGCGUGGCCAUGACCAAUAUCAGGGAGAUGGGUGCGUCGCGGGCUGACUUGGCGCAGGCCAUUUCUUCGUUGCAGGAGGGCAGCUUGGUGUGAUCGGGAUUUCCGUCGAAGCCGGGCGAUUUGUGUAUCGUUACGGACAGGAUUUUGUCGCAUAUUGCGGCCACGGACGUUACCGGGGUGACACCGAUCUCUCCGCAGCUGCACUCGGCGUUCGCCAAUUUGACUCGGUAUGCCAUGUGGAGUGAACCGCGGGACGUGUGGUGUUUAAAGUUGGAUCCGGUUUGGUGUGAUUUUUACGGGGCACGUUCGGUGGGUCAAAGCCGGCCAAUUACGUUCGUGGAUGCGGUUCCAGUGACGGUGUGGGUGCACGGACGCUCCGAAGAAGAAAUGUUGCCGAGUGAAUUUAACGAAGGUCGACUAGCUCACGGAAGCAGUAGCGAAAUAAGUAGCAAACGGCAUAGCAAUAUUUCCAAUUCAAUCAAAUCCAACGACAGCCUCGUGCUGUCGAUUAGCAACCUAAGGCGAUCCCUAGAAGUAGACCCAUCGAGUAGCAAUUAUCCUCAGGAGAGUAGCGACAACAACUCGUCUAAACGUAGUUCCGCCGCCGGAAGCCAUCCACCGUUGAUUGGCGAGAACGUCAAGAAGAAAGUGACGGCCAGUUCGCGUCCCAACAGUUUUCCCCAAGUCCCGGUAGAUAGCAAUGCAGAUGGUGAUGGUUCCAACGCCGCCGCCGCCGCCGAUACCAACACGGCGGAUCUGCACAUCAUAGCACAUGUUUCCAAUUUAGUUAGCGUUCAAAUUGACCACUACCAAUAUCUGUUCCUGCUGCGGCUGGCCGAGGAAUUGACCGAGCUGGCCACGUUCCUGUCGCUGGACUCGAAACGGAUCCUGCAAGCGGCCAACGUCGAAAAAUCGAUCAUCGUCGGCUGUGUUAUCCCGCAGGUGGAAGUUUCCCUCGUGAUGCCUUCGCAAACGCCGGGCAAGGAGUCGAGCGGCGGCGACGGCGAAAGUGUGCUGCCCGAUUCCGCUAGCUUAGGUGACGAUCUGCUUACUAAUGGUUCCGGAUGGCCUAACUCGAUGGACCAAACGAGGAAUUCGAACGUGUUUAGCAGCACGGAGUGCCCGUCGCCGAUCGCGACCGAAGGAAUUGUGGAGGCGCAAGGCCCGAUGUCGGUUCCGAAUACCCAUGGAUUUAACGUGCAAAUCCAGAGCGUUCCCACCACGUCGUCCACGUCCGGCGUGGCGUCCGUCGAAACACCCUCGUCCUCUUCCGUCGCCGGUUCCAAGUCCCAGUCCAAGGGUCGCAACGCCGGCCCCUCCAUCGCCGGUGGGCCCGACUCCAGCUCCUUCUCGAAGGAAAUCAACUCCGGCCUCAGCUCGAUCAAGAAGGGCUUCGGCAACUUUAUGACCUCGAUCGAUUCGGCGCUCAAGACGAACAUCUCCGAGGACGUGAGCGACACGCUGUCGGUGCAGUCCGACCUGUCCUCGGACUCGGAGAACUACCUGAUGAUGCUGGGCGACUCGGAGAAGCCAACCGACUGUAUGGACGUGAUGUUUAAGCUGAACCCGUUCGCCAACGACAGCAGCAUGAAGGUGGCACCGAUCGAGGUGGCGAGCGAGGUUUGCGAGGAUCCCUACCUGACGAACAUGUCGUCGCCGUCCGAACCGUCCGAGGCCAGCAGCCUGCGCCGGCGUGAUCUGGUUUCGAUGGUUACUUUUAGGCUUACAACGGUGGAAGUGAUACGGCAAAACGUCGGCAACGAUUCGUCGCUACGGUUGCAGGUGUCCGCGAUCAGCUGCGACGAGUGUGGGGCCAUUCCGUGGGACGAGUUCCAGAACGGCCAGCAUAAAUCGAAGACCAAGUUUGGAGCUAGAUGUAGAGCAUGGAACAUUGCACCGCAUAAUCCGGAAGCACCGCCUUGUGUUGCGAUUAGAUUAGAGGAGCAGCUCACGUUGCCGGCUGACUCGCUCAGCAUCACCGACAAAAAGUCCAUCCAGAGUUGGUUCAAGCGGCGCCUGAACGUCGAGGUCAAGAACAUCAACCUGCAGAUGUCGAUGAGUACGGUGGUGGGGCUGGGUGACCUGGCCGAGGACGAGGUUAUCCCGACCCCGAUUCCAAUGGAGGUGCUGCUGGAGAACGUCAAGGUGAACCUGAUCGAGGAUAGGCCGCCGGUGAACAUAACCUCGCCCGGCACGCUGCCGAUGAAUUUGGCCAUCGGGCGGAUGUAUGUGACGCGGGAUGACGCAGGGGUGUUCUACCUGCAGCCGCUGGAUAAAACGGGAGAGGCUAGCGGCAAGACUCCGGACAACGUCGUGGACACGAGCAAGGACCGCAAUCGGGAGGUGCUGUCGCUGCAGCUCGUCAUGCAGCAGCUCAAGCUGGACAACAACCAGCUGCGCAAGCAACUGACCAGCAGCGAGAAGCUGUCCGAAAUGACGGUACAAAAGGUCCGCCAGGAGAACGAGGUACUGCGCACGAAGCUGAACCUGGCCCAGGACGACGUGAGCACGCUCAAGGACGAAAAGCGCACCCUGAUGGACACGAUCCGCUCGCUGCAGAAUCAGCUGACGGCGCUGAGCGACGCGCAGCUCAACGGGACCGACGGCAAAAGAUAGCACAACUGUAUGGACUGCAUACAGUGCUGCGGCGAGAAUCCGUUCUAGUGCUGCCGGCCGCGGUGGAUGAUUGGCGUUUUUUGACGACCUAUUGAGUCAUUCGUUCGUCGCGCAUAUCAUGUGAGUGUGUAAGUGUGCAUGUGCGUGUAUGUGUGCUGCUUUCAGCUGGAGCUUUUCUUCCAACAUCGAGCGUAGGUGAACGCAAUUGGCCUUGUGAUCUUGAUUUGUUUACUUUUUUUUGUUUGUAUCUCCCCUCAACAUUGUUUGGAAGUGAAGCAAAGGUUCAGGGCACCGACCGCGAGAGCAUAUUGUGAGCAAAUUCACCCACCGUGUUGUUAGCCUGUAUGAGUAAGCAGUCUGAGGAAAGCGUCCGUUGAGCGAUGCGAAUUAUUUCUUUUAAUUUCAACUGAUUACUGUAAGAAAUUGUGCUCUAGGAAACUUGGAUACAAUCCAAUUGAACUGUAAAAGGUUCUGCGGACAAUAACUGGAACGCAAAUAAAAAUAGUUCUUUGCACAUGGAAAAUGUUUUCGGAAUUCAACAGAUUCAUGAUACUUUUGAGAUAUGUUUUUGCAAUUCCGUUUUGAAAAUACUUACAUUUCCUGUCAUUUUAUAGUGAUGAAAUGGGCUACUUACAAUCACCACAAAAACAGUGCUGAAAAGUUCAUUGAGCCACUCAUUUGAGUUCAACUUUUCAGCACUUGUAUAGAAAAUUUUACUGUUCUGGUUUUUGAGUUUAACAAACUAAAGCGGGAAAACAAACUUUUCACUGAAAAAUCUUAUUCAAAACUGAGUAAUUUUUUUAAAAGUCUAA